CCGGCGGUGUGAGCGGGAGAUGCUGGAGCGCGAGCUGCCCCGGGACGCGGCGGGGAUGUGGGAGCUGGGUGCGGGAUGGAGCCUCUCGUUCGCCGGUUGCGGGUUUUUGGGGAUUUACCACUUCGGGGUCUCCAGCUGCCUCCUGGAGCGCGCGCCUUAUCUCAUCCACCGGGCCGACAAGAUCUACGGAGCUUCAGCUGGAGCUCUCAAUGCAGCUGCGCUCACCAGCGGUGCAUGCAUAGAAAAAUGUUGCACAAAUGCGAUCAAGGUUGCAAAGGAGGCCCGGAAGCGCAACCUUGGCCCUCUGCAUCCCACAUUCAACCUAAUCAAAGUGCUGCGCUCGAGCCUGCAGCGAGACCUGCCUAAAGAUGCACACACACUCGUCAGCGGCAAACUGUGUGUGUCUCUCACACGCGUCAGCGACAGAGAGAACGUGCUGGUUUCAGAGUUCAGCUCCAGAGAAGAGCUCAUUCAGGCGCUCAUCUGUAGCUGUUUCAUCCCUGUCUAUUGUGGUCUGUUCCCUCCUAACUUCCGUGGAGUUAGGUACAUUGAUGGUGGGAUGAGCAAUAAUCUGCCCCAGUCAGAGCUGAAGAACACCAUCUCCAUCUCACCGUUCUCUGGAGAAAGUGACAUUUGCCCCAAGGACAAUUCCAGCAGCUUCCACGAGCUGCGAUUCACCAACACGAGCAUUCAGGUCACCUGGGGAAACGUGUACAGGCUCAGCAAAGUGUUUUUCCCUUCCGAGCCGAAGGUCAUGGCGGAGCUGUGUCAGCACGGGUAUAAAGAUGCACUCCGAUUCCUCGAGGACAACAAUCUGUUGCAAGUGGAAUGUCCAAAAGUAGAUCUGGCCCUGACGUGGGACACGCCCACCUGCUGCUGUGUCUCUGAGUCGAUACAGGAGUGGAUGCUGCGUAGACUCCGCCUCCUGGGGAAGCACCACUGGUGGUUGGAUCAGCAGCUUGUCGAUUACCUGCCCACGCCCAUUAAGAAAGUGUUCUGUGAGGCGUGUAAAGAGAAGCGUGGCCUGUUGGCUCAGAUCACUGGGCUGUUCCCGGUACGUGUGGCUUCCUACAUGCUGAUGCCCUACACGCUGCCAGUAGAGUCGGCUUACUCAGCAGUCCAGAGGUUUGUGGAAUGGAUCCCAGAGGUGCCUGCUGAUACACGCUGGCUUUUUGAGAUGGCAGGAAGUGUUUACAGACAAGCAUGGAAAGGAGAAUCUUCAAAACGUGGCCUUCCGUUGCGGCGGUGUGUAAGUGGACCAUCCUCAGUGGACCUGCAGCCCCAUGGCAUCGAGCGCAAUAGACACACCACUUUUUCUGCUGCUGAUUUGCGUAAUUACAGCUGGGAUUACUCAAAGUCCUCAGGAUUCUGACAGUCUGGACACGUUUCCUGAAAGAAAAAAAAGCAUGUUUGUUGGCUCACAGGACAGUUCCAUGAGCUGAAUGCAGAAAGACAUGGACAAAAAUGGAAGCAUAAAUAUAUGCGGUGUUUCACACACCGUAAAUGUGUGUGUGUGUGUGGGUAUGAGAGAUGAGGAGGUUUCAUAGUGGAGUUUCGCCUUAAUUCCACUUUUAAUUUUCACCAUCUCUAACCAGUAACACUGGUCUCUGCUCCCAAGUGCACUUAAAACUAGAGUACAUCACAAUGUCCUGUAAAAUAAUCAACAAAUAUUAACUUUUUUAAGUAAUGAUGGCUGUGAUAUUUCUGCAUGCACCUCAAAAGAGAGAACAAGCAACCAAUUUUAUCUCAACAGAAAUAAAA